AAUCACAGAAGUAGACAGUAAUGAGUUGUUGUUCAUUGUUGGGUAAUCAAUCAUUCAAUUAUUUGUAAUUUUUAGAAGUGAUUGAUGGGCUUAAAAUUGUUCUGCAAAACAGUUUUGCCCUCAACAAAAAUAGUGAACAAAAAGUCGUGCAUUCUGAUUCUGUAUAAGCCUUAUUAAUAGUUAGAUUAGUUUAUGUCGUGUCACUAAGCACCACAGGAGGCCAGUAUAGUACAACUGUUCUAAUAUUGGAACUGGCCUAUAAUGUUAUCAUACGCUUGUCAUUUCAAAAUGUAUUCUGUGGAUUAACAUAAUUUAUUUGAUGGUAAGUCACCCUAGAUAGGUUUGACACAUUAAUUAUUCAACCCAACACACACAGAUUACCCUUGUCAUCUAAAUCACACAAAAUAAACUCUGGCAGGGAAGGAAGGAAUAUGUAAAACAGGGGGAGGGAAUCUUUUUUUGAAAAAUAAGAGGAUCAUACAUUUCUGGAGGGGUGCUGUGCUGUCUCAUAAUUCGACAGGGUAUUAAAGAGUUGACGCACAGAGGCCAACAGACAUGAGAUUAUGCACACACACGGGCAUGCACACACACACACACACACACACACACACACACACACACACACACACACACACACACACACACACACACACACACACACACACACACACACACACACACACACACACACACACACACACACGUGAAUUACGUAACAACUGUGAUUGGAAAAAGUUUAUCAGUCUUUAAAGUCAAUAAACUACAUUCUUCACAUCUGGUAAAACCACGAGGCGUUCCCUUCCCCAGUACACACAGAGGCACACAACGCACGCCCCCACACCCUUUUGAUUGUUUGACAGCACAGUUCGUCCUAAUUUCUUCUCCUUUUCCUUUCAAAAUCUUGUAUUUGUAUCAUCUAUAGCCUAUUUAUUUGUCCCUUGUACAAUUAACGUUGCAAAUGACUUCAAAAUGUAUUUAGUUAACGUUUUUGUACACCCUGUUGGUUAUCUUCACCGUCCGAUGUGUGGUAUAUCACAACAACAUCGACAUCCUUCCUUGCAGUGGUGUGAGGCAUUCCACUCCUUUAAUUAGUCUGUGCUUUUACACGUGGAAUCAGAACCACGGACAGCGCCUGCUCCAUGCAGCUGUACUGGAGGGACCUGGAUGAUAAAAGCCUGGUGGUGGGGGGAGCCUAUGGUCAGACCGCAAAUCAACUCUGAUGGGGAAACACCUGGGCGCCGGACACACCGCAAACAGCUUCCGCUGGAUUGAUCACUUUCAUACACCAAGGAGCAACCGGUCGGAUUUACUACUGUAAAGACGCGGGAAUGCGAUGAACAGUUCACAAGAAGUUUCACCUUCAAACUGUUGGAUGGAUAUAUAGACUACAUUUUUGACAGCUGUUUGUGUGCUUACGUGUGUGUGCGCGCGCGUGUGUCUGCGCGCGUGCGUGUGUGUGUGUGUGUGUGUGUGUGUGUGUGUGUGUGUGUGUGUGUGUGUGUGUGUGUGUGUGUGUGUGUGUGUGUGUGUGUGUGUGUGUGUGUGUGUGUGUGUGUGAGAGAGAGAGCGCUUGCAGGGGGGCAUCAAUCGCUUGAGAUGUCCGGGGAAUACCCCAACCCGUACGAGGGCUCCACAGAGUUCUCCUCCAGCUGCUGCCUUGUGGGGAACUUCUCCUUCAGCCUAAACGCCACCCACAACUACAACAACAAAAACAACCGCUCCACCACAAAUUCGUUCCAGCUGUCCAACAUCAACAGCAAAGAUAAAGUGGGAUACGGCGGGGACGGCUCGGCUGCGCUGAGGAUCACCAUCUCUAUAAUCUACUCCGUGGUCUGCGCGCUGGGACUGAUCGGCAACCUGCUGGUGCUGUACCUGAUGCGUUCCAAACACGUGUGGAGGAAGUCCUCCAUCAACCUUUUCGUCACCGGGCUGGCCCUGACGGACCUCCAGUUCGUGCUGGUGCUGCCCUUCUGGGCGGUGGAGAACGCGCUAGACUUCAAGUGGAUCUUCGGCAAGGCCAUGUGCAAGAUCGUGUCCUACGUGACCGCGAUGAACAUGUACGCCAGCGUCUUCUUCCUCACCGCCAUGAGCGCGGCGCGCUACUGUUCCCUGUCCUCUGCGCUUCGGGGUGGCCGGCGCGGUGACGGAAGCGGCGCGCGCUGUGCGCGUUGCUUUUGCUCCGCCAAAUGGAUCAGUGCGUUGAUCUGGUGCGCCGCCGUCUCCGCGGCACUGCCGCACGCGGUGUACUCUACCACGGCCACCGUGUCAGAAGAGGAGCUGUGUCUGGUGAAGUUCCCUGACGCGCCGGGGGACGCGCAGUUCUGGCUUGGGAUGUACCACGCUCAGAAGGUUCUAAUGGGCUUCGUUGUCCCGCUGGGGGUCAUCAGCGUGUACUAUCUGCUGCUGCUGCGCGUCAUCCACUCCAAGCGCGGCAGCAACUCGAGCGCGAAAAGACGCUCCAAGGUGACCAAGUCCGUGACCAUCAUAGUGCUGUGUUUCUUUCUGUGCUGGCUGCCCAACCAGGCGCUAACGGUGUGGGGCAUCCUGAUCAAACUCAACGUGGUGGACUUUAGUUCCGAGUACUACACGACGCAGGCGUACCUUUUCCCCGUGUCAGUGUGCCUGGCGCACUCCAACAGCUGCCUGAACCCCAUCUUAUACUGCCUGAUGAGACGGGAGUUUAGGAAGGUGCUGAGCAAACUCCUUUGGAGGAUCACGUCGCGGUCCGUGACCAACAUAAGGCCGUUCACAGCCACCACCAAGCCGGAGCCAGACGAGCAGGGACGGGUCCUGGUUCCCAUCCACUCCCCUGAGGAGCCGGUGGCGUUCUACCCGCCCGGGGCUGUUGUCUACAACCAAAGGAACGACGCUCUGCCGAACAGUACAUGAGGCCCGGGCCGAUCUGACUGGGAAUGUUUGGGUCGAAAAUCGUUGAUUUGGCCAGAUGACUGACGACUGAAAAAGUACUAUAAUAGCGAUAGCUGUCUGUCUGUCCGUCUGUCUGUCUGUCUGUCUGUCUGUCUGUCUGUCUGUCUGUCUGUCUGUCUGUCUGUCUGUCUGUCUGUCUGUCUGUCUGUCCGUCCGUCCGUCCGUCCGUCCGUCCGUCUGUCUGUCUGUCUGUCUGUCUGUCUGUCUGUCUGUCUGUCUGUCUGUCUGUCUGUCUGUCUGUCUGUCUGUCUGUCUGUCUGUCUGUCUGUCUGUCUGUCUGUCUGUCUAGGGACACAUUAAGUAGGCUACCUCUAUAUGUCUUCAAUGUCGUCAUCACAGACUUAAUAUUUUACUGGCACAUUUCAGGCAAAUUAUUUUGUUGUUAUUGAUUUUAUAAGAAAUACAAUAGCGGUACCCCAAACAUAAAUGUAUGUAAAUGUUGCUAUUUUCUAUGGUUAUGUCGACGUACUUUUGUACGCAUUUCAAGAUGAUCCACAAAAGGAACUGAAGAAAGAAAAGGACAGGACAUAGAAAAACAAACAAUGCCGGAGCCUUUCAUUGCGAUGGAGAGAGCAUACUUAUGUCUUCCAUAGGGGCCCAGAGCUGUGAGUGUGUGAGUGAUCUCUCCCUGGGGACCCCUUCUCCUGGUCAAGUGUCUCACUAAACAGACAGUGUUAUUCAAUCAAAUUUCACGGCCUUCCUUUUAGAUAUAAAUUGACUGUCACCACUUCUUGGUCUGUUUUGUUUUCGACUCCAGGUCUAUUUAUCAUUCGAUGUUUUUAUAGACAUUUAUUAAUGUCUCACAAUGUGAGACAUUAUCGUGUCAGUUGUGAUUCUCAUCAUACAGGUGUGUGUGUGUGUGUGUGUGUGUGUGUGUGUGUGUGUGUGUGUGUGUGUGUGUGUGUGUGUGUGUGUGUGUGUGUGUGUGUGUGUGUGUGUGUGUGUGUGUGUGUGUGUGUGUGUGUGUGUGUGUGUGUGUGUGUGUGUGUGUGUGUGUGUGUGUGCAGAAUAGCUAAACGACUUUGUGGUGGAGAAGCUGACUGAGAUACGUGUCUAGAUUCUGUUGAUUUUUAUGCAAAUGCCAAUGAAUGCCAUUUAAUAUUCAUAACAAAAUCAUGUCCGAAAAAGAGACUAAACCCAAAACGUUUGUCUUCACUUCCC